AUGGCCAAUUCCGAGCCAGGAGAUGUGCGCCUCCUGGAAGAGCUCAAUCGAUACAAGCAAUGGCGCGAGAACGAGUGCCACAUCCCAAACACAUACCAUGCCUUGAUACCAGGAAAACGCCCGGGCCCUUGGUUCACUCAAUGGCAACAUGACAAGGAGAAGAGUUCAGACUUCAGAAUUGUGAAAGACUCUCGAUCCUCCAAACGUCCCUCCGAUUUCGAUGCGCAUCUCGUCAAGGCUCUCGCAGAGCUAGACGCCAUAGACGACGGCCGGAAGAUUGGCGUCGAAGACAUGAACGACUCCAUUAGAGAGGCUUUAUACGGAAAACUGGACGAAGACGAGCUUGACGAGAUCUCAGCAAUCAGGCUCACACCCGACGUUCUCCUCCAGGUGGUUUUCACUCCAGAACGAAAAACUGGCUUUGACUACGAGCCGAAUUUCCUCGCUUGUCAGCUCAUAUAUCAACUAGCGGCUCGACUACUUCCCCUUGAACCUCUAGAGGAGGUUAUCCUGAAAGCGAAAGUGGAUCCCAAGGCCCCAUUUGAGAACUGCUUCAAGGCCCUUAUCGACAUCAGCCCGGUCAAAUCUACAAUCUACGUGGUCAUCUAUGGCAUCUCUUUAUGCGAAGAUGAGCAAGGACUGAAGACCGCCGUUGAGAUGCUUUGGGCGGCCAGCGAGUACGUGAAAGCCCGUAACGAGUGGGGUGAUAAAUACGAUGCAUGGGUGGCAGAGGAUGACGAAGAGAAGAGGAAGUUGCUGAAGGCAGAGAGACUGGAAGAACUUUCUGGGAAGGCUGAUGGGGAGGCUACGGAAUGGCGAACUAGGCCCCUGCUGAGGGUUUUGUUCGCUGGGCCAGGAGCUGAAAAGGCAAGCGAUUGGAUUCCUAAGUCGGAGCACCAUGAUGUAGUGGUCACGAUCUAG